GUUCUACUCCUACUUUAAACAAAACUCUCAAACAGUAUUUUUUCUAAUUAAUUUUUUUUUUGACGAAACCCUCCGCCGUCGGCUGCCGGAAAAUUCUUCUCAGACCAUUUGUGCUUUCCUGCUAUGAGAUAGUAAUUUGUUUAGUAAUGGUUGUGUUUCAAACUGGAUGCGGAUUGUUACUGAGUUUAUGCUGCUUGUAAUAAGUUUUGGAACCUGAGUUUGGUUUGAAUCUGGAUUUAAGAUGGAAUCAUACGUAGAGGAAGCUUUACGAGCUAAAGCCAAUGCCGAAAAGAAAUUCGUGGAGAGAGACUUCAUUGGUGCGAGGAGUUAUGCCUUAAAAGCUCAAAAGAUGUGUCCUGAGCUGGAUGGGAUAUCGCAAAUGGUGGCCACUUUUGGAGUUUAUGUAGCUUCUGAGGCUAAAGCUCACGGAGAACUUGAUUUCUAUUCAAUUCUUGGACUGGAUCCAUCUGCAGGAAAGUCCAAAGUAAAGAAACAGUAUAAGAAGAUGGCAGUACUGCUCCAUCCUGAUAAGAACAGGACGGUUGGAGCUGAUGGAGCAUUUAGACUUGUAUCUGAAGCGUGGACUCUUUUAUCUGAUACCAGUAAAAGAAGCUCCUACGAUCAAAGGAGGAAUUUGUUUGCUGCUGGGUACAGUGCUGGGGCUGGCGCUUAUGACAAUUGCUCCAAGUUUCCACCUUCUCAUACAAGAAGGGAUACGUUUUGGACUGUUUGUACGUCCUGUCAUGUUCAGUAUGAGUAUCUUAGGAAGUAUGUGAACAAGAGACUUUCUUGCAAGAACUGCCGUGGAGUCUUCGUAGCUGUUGAGACUGGGUUAUCCCCAAUUAAUGGAGCUUUCCCAUAUAGCAACUACUCUUAUACGCCUGAGAAUGGUUAUGCAAGUCAUGGUUGUGGGGUUUCGUUUGUACCUAAAACUACAUAUCAUGCGCCUAGUGGGCCCACGGGUCAUCAUACUGGACAUAAGCCUGUUUCUAAUAUAUCAUUUCAGGGUAACUCGUCCGUGGAUUCUGUUGGGGUCAUAGGCCCUAACGGGCUGUCUACAUCAUCCUUUGUCUUUUAUCAAACCAGUGGAGAGGCAGGCGUAACCAAGGCAAAUGGAGAUCAUAUUAGCAGGGUAAAUGCUACAGUUCAAAUGUUGUCUGAUGGGCAUAGUGGUUUCAGGGAUGUAUCAAAACCUAAGCGUGGUAGACCAGCAAAGAAGAGAAUCAUAGAUUUUGGGAGCUCAUAUACUCAUGCACAUGAAGAAAAUCACCCUACUGCUGCUGCAGAAGCAAAAACGGCCACAAUGAACGUAUCAUCUGAGACUUCAAGUAGACGCUGUUCAGCUACCCCUGUAAUUGAUACCAGACAGUUGUUGAUGGAAAGGGCAAGAUCAGAAAUCCGUAAGAACCUUGAGAAGAUGAGGUUGGCUUCAGAAGCUGCAGCAGCCGAAGCUGAGAAGAGAAAAGCACAAGCUGCAGUUGAUAAAUUGAAUGAGACAGCUAAAGUAUCACAACCAGAACUGAAGAGAAGUGCUUCUAUGUCAAUAACGGUUCCAGACUCAGACUUCCAUGAUUUUGACAAGGAUAGGUCAGAAGAAUGCUUUAAGCCAAAACAAAUAUGGGCCUUGUAUGACGAAGAAGAUGGUAUGCCUCGCUUGUACUGUCUUAUUCGGGAAGUCAUCUCACUGAAUCCUUUUAAGAUCUAUAUUAGCUACUUGAGCUCAAAAUCAGACUCUGAAUUUGGGGCAGUAAAUUGGUUGGAUUCUGGAUUCACAAAAUCUUGUGGAAGUUUUAGAGUGUUUCACUCAGAAAUGGUUGAACAAGUGAACAUCUUCUCUCAUGUUCUGAGCAGGGAGAAGACCGGUAGGGGAGGGUGUGUAAGAAUCUAUCCAAGAUGUGGAGAUAUAUGGGCUGUUUACCGCAACUGGUCACCGGAUUGGAACAGAACAACCCCAGAUGAAGUGAGGCAUGAAUAUGAAAUGGUUGAGGUUCUUGGCGACUAUUCGGAAGAGAAGGGUGUGUGGGUUACUCCCCUCGUAAAACUGGAUGCAUACAAGACCGUAUAUCAGAGAAAUGCAAACACAAGUGCUAUUAGAUGGAUCCCUAGGAGAGAGAUGCUGCGAUUCUCACACCAGGUUCCGUCUUGUUCGCUUAACAUCCAAGGCGCUUCUAACUUGCCCGAGGGUUGCUGGGAUCUCGACCCAGCUGCAACUCCAGAUGUGCUUCUUCGAGGAGAGAGUGAACUUGUUGGAAAUAAUGCAAAUGCAGAAGCAAGUCCAACUGAAUGCAUAACAGCAAUGGAGCUAUUCCUAGAACGAAUGGCAUGUGGUGAAGGAGAAUUUGUUCCAACAAAAUCAAUAGCAAAAGUUCUAGAAGAGCUCAGUUAAUGGUGGAUGUACAGAUUUAAAAACAGCCUAUGCCUCUCUAACCAACCAGCUUUAUAUAUAUUAUAGUAUUCUGUUGUAUUCAGGAAUUGGUCUUUUUGCCUUCCUCACGCUCUCAUGUAACUCUUAAAUUAUAGACCCAGAUUGCUACUGCUCAUUGUUUUGGGUUUCAAAUUAAGUAGAACCUCAUGAUUGAAAAUGAUUUGAUUGUU